CUGACAGGAGCUGUUUCCUGUUUGUGUCACAUGUAAAGAGAGCCGGUUCAGUCAGGAAGGAAAACAUUUAUAGAGGGCAACAGUGUCUAUUUCAUCGAGGUAUCAAAAUGGCAUUGCUGUGAAGUUGGUAUGUUUGGCCGAGCAACACAUUUUCGUUUGGAGAAGGUCUGCCCUUUGGCAGACUGUUGCCUUGCUCAGCUCAUCUGCCACACGGAGAGGCUAACAGGGAAGCAGCAUGUCCAGUGGGAAUGAGUCCUGUCUGUUUGAGAACGGAUCCGUCAGCUUCCUCUCCUGCUUGGUUCAUGUGUGGGAGGCUGGGCUCGUGCAGCUCGAAGACUACCUCAGUUUCUUUGAGUAUCUGCUCUGGGUUUUCACACCUCUAGCCAUAGUCUUCAUCCUGCCUUUUCUCAUAGUCAUCCUCCUCUAUCUGUCCAUACUCUUUCUCCAUGUGUACAAACGUAAGAACCAGUUGAGGGAAGCUUAUUCCAAUAACCUGUGGGAUGGUGCGAGGAAAACUCUGGCAACCCUAUGGGAUGGACAUGGAGCUAUUUGGCACGGUUAUGAAAUCCAUGGUUUAGAAAAGAUUCCAGACGAAGGACCUGCUCUUAUAGUCUACUAUCAUGGAGCUAUUCCUAUAGACUACUAUUAUUUCUUGGCAAGUGUUAUCAUUCAAAAGGGAAGAACUUGUCAUUCGGUGGCUGAUCAUAUUCUGUUCAAGGUCCCAGGGUUUAAGCUCCUCUUGGAGGUGUUUAGUGUGAUCCACGGGCCGCAGGAGGAGUGUGUGAAGGCCCUGCAGAACGGCCACCUCCUGGGCAUCUCUCCUGGAGGAGUUCGGGAGGCCCUGUUCAGUGACGAGACAUACCCUCUACUCUGGGGCAAACGCAAAGGAUUUGCACAAGUGGCCAUUGACUCUAAAGUGCCAGUUAUACCCAUGUUUACUCGAAACCUGAGGGAGGGAUUUCGCUCACUUGGAACAUUAAGAUUUUACCGCUGGGUGUAUGAGAGGUUUCGCCUACCGAUAGCACCCAUUUAUGGAGGAUUUCCAGUCAAAUUUCGCACAUACUUGGGUGACCCCAUUCCAUACGACCCCAAACUCAACGCGGCUGAGUUGGCUGAAAAGGUGCAACAAGCAGUUCAAGCACUUAUCGACAAACACCAGAAGAUACCUGGAAACAUCCUCCGAGCUCUUCUAGAGCGAUUCCAAAGGGAACACAAAGAAGAUUAGACCACUUGCCUUCUCUCAGAUUGAAAAAAUAAAUAUGCUUCAAGCUUAAUUCAUCUGAAUACUAGAGAUUUUAUAAUAUUGUUUACAUUAUAAGAUUAGCAACUACGUUACUGACACUAUUGGGACUAUUAGCAUGCACUGCA